AGUCCAUAGCGAGCGCUCAAAGUCGCUCAUCCCUCGUCAAGCUGCCAGUGUGCGGUCUGCCUGCUCACAGACAACACAGCUGCUGCACGACACUUCACCAAGACAGAGAGAAGAAGAGAAACACAGCGAGCUGGUAAAUCUUCUGGCCUGAGAAUGCAAAAGAAAAAUCUGCUUGUUUUCAGUAAUAUAUUUAUUCCGGACAAAAGUCACAUAUGCGGGACUUUUAUUUAAGUACAGUCUAAUGGGCGAGUUCAAACUUGGAUUUUUGCUGAUAACAAAAGGGGCUGCCGCACGAAAACGAACUAAGUGAGGAGUUUCUCACCAUUAGCUCGAGAGGAAACAACAGAAACAAUAUCAGGUCAGUUUGAUUUACAGGCUACAGACUUACACUGACAUUGGCUGACCGUUUCAACUACCGAGCGAACCAGAUGCACAGAGAAAGAUGCAUCUGGGAAAAGUUUUACUUUUUGUCCUCCUCCUGAACUGCGCGACUUUGAGCUCUUCUCUGUCAACCUGUGCCACCGUGGAUAUCGACCAUGUGAAACGGAAGAGGGUCGAGGCGAUACGAGGGCAGAUUUUAAGCAAGCUCCGGUUGACGACUAUCCCGCACUCCCUGGGACCGAAUAAGAUCCCGUAUCAGAUCCAGGCGUUGUAUAACAGCACCAAGGAGCUGCUGGAGGAGCUGAGGAGGGACCGACAGCAGAGCUGCGGUCAAGACAACACAGAGACCGAGUACUACGCCAAAGAGAUUUACAAAUUCAACAUGGUCUACGGACCAACCGAAAACAAUGAUCUGCUCUACUGCCCAAAAGGCAUCACCUCUAAAGUUUUCCGCUUCAACGUCUCUGCCAUGGAAAGGAACUCAACCAACCUCUUCAGAGCAGAGUUUCGUGCUCUGAGGGUGCCAAACCCAAGUGCCAAGAGGAAUGAACAGCGGAUUGAGCUCUACCAGAUUGUGAGGCCUAAUGAACACAUCAGGAAACAACGCUACAUCGGAGCCAAGAAUGUGUUGACCAAAGGAACCCCAGAGUGGGUCUCCUUUGAUGUGACUGAAACAGUGAGAGAAUGGCUGCUGAACAGAGGAAGUAAUCUGGGUUUGGAAAUCAGCGUGCACUGUCCCUGCCACACCUUCAACCCAAAUGGUGACAUCAUUGACAAUGAGAACGAGGUGCUGGAUGUGAAGUUUAAAGGCGUGGAUGGAGAUGAGGAAUACAAGCGCUUGGAUCUGGAUCACCUGAACAAGAAAAAGGAUCAGUUCCGACCACACCUUAUCCUCAUGAUGAUCCCACCACAUCGCCUGGAGUCUCAGUCUACACGACGACGCAAGAGAGCCCUAGACACCGACUACUGUUUCUCAACCACCGAAGAGAGCUGCUGUGUUCGUAAGCUCCACAUCGAUUUCAGACGCGACUUGGACUGGAAGUGGAUCCAUGAGCCCAGUGGUUACGACGCCAACUACUGCUCCGGGCCCUGCCCUUACCUGAGGAGUUCAGACACAACACACAGCUCGCUGCUGAGCCUGUACAACACUCUGAACCCAGAGGCAUCAGCCUCCCCCUGCUGUGUCCCUCAGGACCUGGAACCCCUCACUAUACUUUACUACUCUGGACGGACCCCCAAAGUCGAGCAGCUUUCCAACAUGAUCGUCAAGUCCUGCAAGUGUAGCUGAGGAAGACGUAAAGGGCGAGAUAGAAUGGCUGAAUUUAUAAGUUACUGAAGAAACCCAUGCUGAUUGACUUUUGGACUCUUAGCUGUGAUAAAUACCUAAACUGACCCUGUAGCCUCAUUGCCAAGUUCUGAACCACUCUGGAGGAGGUGACACCUUUUGUAGGAUGCAGAUUUUUCUUUAAAACUUGAGGUCUUGUGUUUGUAUUUUUUUUGUGUUUUCUCUUCCUAACCCUGGUCAGUUCUGGAAGCCCAACCCAAGCAAAACUUGAUCUUGCAAUUAAAGUUUGAUCUUAAAUGAUCCUUCUAGAUAGUAAAAAGGUUGACAUGACCAUCCCAAAGCAUAUUGUUUAAAUCUACAGUAUCCAUGAAAAACAUGUCCAGGAGAUUUGUAAUGGACAAUGAAAGACAGAGACUUUAAGUACCUGUUCUGCUUCAGAACGGGACAUAUUUUAGAAAUGUACAGUCUCUAAUUUGUCAGUAGAGCAGCUUUCUUGUUUGAUAUUUGCAAUGGUCACAAAAAUCAAUGUUCUCCUGGAUGGUUCUUUCUGUCUGGAAUUUACCGUGAACCUUUGUCAGACAGCGCACACUUUCUUCAAACACAAAAGGAGAAAGGACAGACUUGCUGCUGUAUCCAAAGCUGUGGUCGGGGGAAAAGGAGAGCAGAGAGAAUGCCUGUCAGAUAUGCAAUGGAAAGUGAAUGAACAGAAAUGUUGAGCCAAGCCUUUUUUUUUUUCUUUUUUUUUUGGUCAGCCAGCAGCAAUGGUAGUUUUUGUCGCAUCGAUUAGAAUGGAUGGAGGAGGAAGAAUCAGAAAGAUCAAGAAAGAAGAAGAAGAGGGGAACCUGUGGAAGUGAAAAACUGUGAUGGAAACUAGCCAUGAGCACACUCUGCCAUUCACUGGAAGUCCUCAUCCUGAACAGAUUCAAAUUAUUCCUGGGACAUCAAAGAAUAUGCUGGAAAAGGAACUUGUGUUAUGCAACAGGUUUUUAUGAGAUUUAUUUUACAUUAGUAGCAGAUUUGGUCUGUUAUACAACUUUUCAUAUAGGGAUUCUUACACUGACUGGGACCUAAAAUUGACGUGUAUCUCCUUCUAAUCAAAGUGGAAAAACUUCAUUAAACGGAACAUUUCCUUGUGAUUAAGAAAGAAUAUGCAACUCUUUAUUCAAGCAUGUUUAAGCUUACCUUUUGUAUUAGAUCCAUAAUAUGUUCGACUUAUUGUAUUGAAAAGAAAGCCAGAUGGGAACACUUUUACGUGAGAAAUAACAGGAAAUGGUCAAAUACUUGGUGGUUUAAAAAGAAAGUGUUUACUUGUCUUUAUCCCGCUGUCCUAUCAACUCACCUGCCAUCCUUCUUCACUCCAGCCACCUGACAUGAAAUCACAUGUAGCCAGGAUUUUGGUGUUCCCAAAACACUGAAUCCUUUCAUUCCCUCUGCUCUGUCUCUGUUUGUUUUGGUGCCCUUUUACAGUGUGAAGCCCUAAUGGAGCAGAAAAAUGAAGAAGGAGGCGGGGGGAAGUCAUAACAUGAUGGUGGCUGGAUGUACAGUUAGACCUCAUUUUAAGAGUCAGGAGAGCAACUCUGAAUCUCUGUACUGUUUGACUCUCACUCGGUCUGAGUCAUCUUUAGAUGAUAUUAAGGUGACCUUUGUGGCAGCAAUUUUGUUGACUGACUUGUUGAUCGUGAUUAUUAUUAAAAACACAACAUGACAAA